AUGGCACGGUAUCUGACCCCUUGGAGAACAUCUCUACUGUGCCUGAUCAAAGUCUAUACCGAUGGGCUCGUACCAAACUCAGCAACUGUCGACGUCUUGUCUUUCCUUACCGCAGGACUAUUCCCUCUGGAUCCCGCCGAUAAGCAAUGGGAAAAACAUUACCUUCCAAGAAUCACCGAUAUUGAAGAAGCACUUUCUAGCCAUGAAUCGUCUGUUCCAGGUCGAUCAGUAUGGGAUCUGUUUCUCAAGAAGAUCUGGUCUCUGGAUUCAUUAGAUGCCCUCGAGGUAUUCUACAUCGAUGAGUUACCUUCAUUGUUGACGAAGACGCGCGACGAACUCAUUGCAGAUCGCGACAAUGGUCUUGCACCGGAGAAUGAGGGCAUGCGAUUGUCCCGGAGCUCGCCUCUCGGUGCAUUCGUGCGCAGAGCAUACUUGGAGUAUUCGAGGCUACAAUUCCAUGACUCAGUGAACUUGUGGUCCGCUUUUGUAAAAUAUCGGUUGCCGACGUACCAGAUGUGGACCCGAAGAAACGCAUUUGACAAGCAAGCACCUAUCGAUGUGAACUUGCCUCUGGAUGAUUUUCAUUCCAGUGCGCAUCUUGCGCAUGUUGUCUACGGUGAUAUCGAGAAUAAUGAAGAAGACGAAGGGUUUGCGAGCACCAAGGACGCAGACCGACUUAUCGAAUUUCAGGUCGGCGAGCUGCAGAGACAUGGCGGGCGGGUUCCAGAGGAGAUGCGAGUGCACCUGAAGCGUAUCAUGACUUCAGAUUCAAGUGCACCGUCGAUGGUUUACUACCUUGAAUAUCUUGACGCUUGGAGAGCUGGUGAUUACACGUCUGCAUUUGACAAUCUACAUCGGUACUUCGAUUACACGAUGCACAGCAACGCCGAUCGAAGCGCCUAUCAAUUUGCGCUUCUCAAUCUUGCCAUCAUCCAAGCUGACUUUGAGUGCUUCGGCGAAGCUAUCUCUGCAGUGCAAGAGGCUGUUGCAAUUGCGCGCGAGUCUCAUGACAUGAAUUGUCUCAACUUCUGUAUGAGCUGGCUAUACCAUUUCGGCAAAGCCUUUCCCGAGCAAAUGCGAGAAGUCCAAAACAGUGGUAUGCUUGGCAAUGAAAAGGAAGGUCUCGCCUUCCUCAAGGCAAAGUCCAAAGAGACGGAGAUGUGGUCGCUCAUGAGCAUGACAUUCCUCAGCGAGGCGAAGCUGGAGAUGCAGCAGGGCGAAAGUCUUGCUACCAUUGUGGAAUCAUUCGUACGAGCAUCCCACAUAAACGUCACCAAAGCCCUUGCCAAUCCCACUGGGCCGUACAUGCUUCUUCGAAGUGCCAUGUACGCACGAAUAGGCGCGACCCAUCUUGCUUGGCUUGACACGGAGACCUUCCACGAAUGUUACAAAGAUGGUCAUCCAUAUGAGGAUUUCGUCAAGUUGACGUACCGGAACUGUCAAAUCCUGUCACAAAAGGGCAAGUGGAAAGAAGCGACAAUUCGAAUGAAUAGUGUCGAGCCAGAAAGGCUGAGAGCUUUCAAGUACAACAACUCUUGGGCGUACUACUCUGGUCUUCUUCAGCUGCGACGGCAAAUUAACAGGGAUGACAGGGUAGCUGUGGAACACAUUCUCGCCCAACUCCAAGCCAUACAACUUCUUGACUUUGAUAUGCGUCUCCUGCUUGCUUUUUACACCAUAGAAUAUACCCUCCGUCAAGGCGACACGGGCCGCGCGCUGCGUAUGGUCGAACAAGCCGCCGCUUCCAUGCAACCCGAGAACUUUGACAUCCACUGCCAGAUAAAGUUCCUCUGCCUCAAAGCUCAAAUCCUAGAGAAGGCCGGCCGCCCGCAACACGGCUUUUCUCUCGCCAUGCGUGCCGCAAGCAUUGCCUAUCGAUCAAAGGUACUGUUCGACCUAUGGGAAGCCAUCUGUACACUUGCCGCUGUGCUUCUGUCUCUGCGCGAAUUCGAAGCCGUCGUCGAGUUGAUCGAGAGCAUCAUACCUCAGAUUCUCGAAGCCGAGGACUCUGCUCUGACAGCGCGAGCAUACUCACUGCUUGUUGAUGCGAAUAUGGGCAUCGCAGGAGGACUGUGGUCCCAAGGAAGACAAGAGAGUACGAUGGCCGCCAAGGAGUACAUCAAUCGUGCCCUGGGCUACAUCGAAUCAGCUUACGAUGCGUACGAAGAGAUUGAGGAUAUUUUGGGCCAAACAGAAAUGAUGGCCAAGAAGGCUACCGUGAUGCAUCUGACGGGCGAUCCCGUCUUGGCAAAUGACUAUGCUGCAAAAUACCUGGAUCUGCGAAAGCGCAGAGGCGCGGAGAUAUGA